AGGUAAUUUAUAUGGUAAAAUAAUUUUUACGAAAAUGGUCGAAGACAUAGCGAAAAGUGAGGUAACAGCAAUGCUGCAUUAUAUGCCAGAGAUUAUUUGGCAUGAUAGGGAUUCCUUGCUUUCUGUGGACUUCCAAGCACAACACAAUGGUAAAGUCGAUUUUUAUAAGUUGGUAACGUGUAGCUUACGAAGAGAAGUGCGAAUUUGGAAAAUGGAUUUUCGGAUGCUACCAUUUGGAACUGAAGAUCUUGGAGUGUAUUUCAUUGCGAAUUUAGUUGGUCAUCGUACAACUGUCAAUGUUGCACGCUUUUCACCAAAUGGGCAACUUCUUGUGAGUGGAGAUUGCGAUGGUUGUAUAAUCAUUUGGAAAAUCGAUAUAGACGGUCAAAAACCGAUUUUGCCUCGAGAUGAUGACUUCCCUUCAAAUGUUGAAAAUUGGGUGAGAUACAAAACUCCAUUAAGCCAUGAUAGCGAUAUUUGUUCUUUGUGUUGGAGUCCGGAUAGCAAGCGUUUUGCCAUUGUAUCCAACGACGAAUCUUUUGCAAUGUAUGAAGCAGAUACAGGUAGACGCUUAUGGCACAUGAGGUCAUACCGACGUUUCCCAAAUGGUGUUGCGUGGGAUCCACGUGGAAAGUAUAUCGCUACGAUGUCCACUGAUCGAAAACUGGACAUUUUGUGUGGGAAGAAAGGAACUCGUUUGAUAUGCAUUCAAAAUGUUCGCUUACCGAAGACGAUUUUACGAAAGUCAAAUUUGACAGCUGGUGAUUACAAGUUAUUUCACGAUGACCAGUUGAUGUCCUUCUCUAGAAUUCCAGAUUUCUCACCUGAUGGUGAAUUGCUGAUUGCACCAAGUGGUGUUUUGGAGACCGGUUCUUCGAAUAUUUUCGGGACUUAUAUUUUUCGUCGUAGUGAGUUUCCGAAAGGUCGUCCAGCUGCAUUUAUUCCUUCCUCAAAAGCUACUUUUCGUGUUUCUUGCUGCCCUGUUUUGUUCAAACUUCAUAAAAGAGUUGCCGGCAAUCCUUUAAAACUUCCAUAUCGCAUUGUUUGGGCUGCAUUAACGAAGAAUACUGUGUAUAUUUUCGAUAGCCAGCUCUGCAGAUGUGUCGCUUGUGCUACUAAUCUUCAGUACGAUACUCUAACAGAUAUGACAUGGAGUCCUGAUGGACGGGUUUUGAUGAUUUGUUCUUUGGAGGGUUAUAUUAGUUUCAUCAGAUUUGGCGAAAUAGCACUAGGUGAAAAAUACACCGGGAAAAUGCCUCGACCUCCACCAUCGCCGAUUUUCGAACGAGACAGGAAAGGACGUAAGUACGGAAAUUCUUUGAUUGAACUGGAUGAAAAACGAAAAAGAGAGAGCUCACCACCUAAUUCACUUCUCAAAUUUUUUAAAAGAAUUGCCUCGUCUCAAACAGGAAAAGAAGGCGAUCAAAAGAUGACUGGCAUAUCAACGCUAGACAGUAAAAGAAAUGAAGAUGCGGCGACUUUUAGCUGUAAUGUUAGAACAGUUGUGAAGCGUCCUGGGAAAUUUGACAACAGUAAAAUGGAAUCUGAAGUUGAAGUUGGGAACAAAAAACGGGCAAAAUUAGUCACGUUACCAUUGUAA